UUAAUAGUGAAAUUGAAUGCAAACAAUGUUUUGUAAUUUAUAUUAAAAUGUAUUGAUUUGAGUGUUAUUUUGUGACAAUUAUUGAUUGUAUGAUUGAUUGUAUGAUUGAUUGUAUGAUUUGUGUUUAACUAUGGAAAGUGUUUCAUUGAAUCUGGAUUUAGACAACAAUGAAGAUGACGAUGACAUCGAAGACAGACAUAAAGAGAUUCAAGGAUUAUUGUCGACAGCUUUCGAUGAUUUGAGUUCGUUGAGCGAUGAAGAUGCAGAUGAAGGUGUUCUUCAAUUACAUAACGAGUUCAAGAAUUUUUCUAUUAGUUCGGAUAAAGAUAAUGAUAAUAAUUAUGCGACAAAUUGGUCCAAAUAUACUAAUGGUCUGACAUCGACACCUUUGGUUCGUAAUAAUAACUGUUAUACCAAAACAAAUGGCAAUUUAUGGACACAGACUAAUGGCAACAAAUUUGUUGUGAAUGAUAUUCAUGAAGAAGAUGAAGAUAUUAUUGAUGCCGACGAUGAACAAGAAGUGGAUAAUAGAUCUGUUGAAUGUCUGAAAGAGAAUAAAUCGAGUGGUGAUUACUUCACCAACAAAUUGAAUGGACAUUUGGAUUACCAAAAUAAUAGUCUUGAAAAUCCUAAAAAAAGUUCAUUAUUUACUCCAAAUGAACGUCAAUUCAAUCAAAGACAUGUUCAGCUUUUGAUCGAAGAGAAUCAACGACUUAGUAAUGAAUUACUUGUUUCACAACAAAAGCAAUCGGCAAUGGAUGGCAAUUAUGAAGGAUUGCAAUUUAGACUCAAAGAAUUAAAUCAAAUAAAUGCCGAAAAAGAGAAUCAAUUAGUUAAACUCGAAGCAAAACUCAAGUCACUUGAAGUGAAUGUGAAAGUUGAGAGAGAAACCAAAGAGGAAUUUCAACGUAAAGUAAGUGUCUGUGAGUCGACCAUUGAAUCACUUCAAUAUCAAUUGAUGGAAAUCGAGAAAAGCGAUUGUUUGGUGAGAAGACAGGAAAUCCAUGACUCUGUAGUCAACAGCUUGAAAACAAAACAUGAAAAUGAGUUGAUAUUAUUUAAACGAGAGAUUAACGAUAUGAAGGAUAAGCUUAAUACAAAAGAGAUGGAAAUGAUUGCUAAAAAUAAAGAAUUGGAAGCAAUAAAAGUGCAAAAUAACGACGAGUUUUAUGACCAACAUUUUAGAGAUAUGAUUAAAGCGACUAAAGAUUUGUGGGAACAGGAGAUGAAAGGAAGAGUAGAAAGUGAUAUAAAAGGUAUACUAGAAAUGCAUGAAAAAAAUUGGAGAAAAAAUGCCGAACAAGAUAUGAUAAAUGAAAGGAAUCGUUGGGAACAAGAAUUGCAAUCAGAAAUUCUUGAAUUAAUAAAUUGUGUUAAAAUUAAAGCUAAAGUAGGCGUCGGAACAAUACACGAGAACAUUGGCCUCAGAUUUGUAUCAUUGAUAAACCUAUGGCAGGCUUUGGAGGUUUCGUGUGACACAAAAGAGAAAGCAUUGAUAAUUCAAACUCAAAGAUUAAGCGAAGCAAAGAAACAAUUAGAAGAAGCACUACAAGAAUCUCGACUAAACCAUUCAGUGGUCACAAACACUAGUCGGCCAUCAAAUGAAAACAUUUUACUCGAGUUAAGACAUGAACUUCAAAAGGUUAGCGACGAAGCUAUUCUUAUGAAGAAAAAACUUCAUAAAUAUAAACUACAA